AUGUCUCUGGGAAAGACAUUGCAUUGCAUCACCACCAGGUGUCCAAUUACCAGCCUUGCUUGGGACCCAUCGGAAUGGAGAAGGAGACUCUUUGUGGGUGGCGCCGACGGUUUAUUGGCCAUCAUGGAGAACUUCAAGGAACAAGAACCCAUUGAUGCUAUUUUGACUGGUGUAAAAGCACCUGUUUACGCCAUUGCUAUUGAUCCAUACACUGGCCACAUAGCCAUUGCCCUUAGGUCUGAGGUACACAUUGCUAAAGAAUUAGAGAACUGUAGAUAUGCUACAUUUAAGAUCCUGCCAAUACCUCCAGAACUGCCUUCCCCUCAGAAGCCCAGCAAAACCUUGGAUAAUUGUGUGCGCACCCAUGUGUUAACAUUCAAGAACUGUGGGAGGGAGUUGGUGGCCACCUACCUGAAUCAUAGCAUUGUGUGCUGGCAUAUCAAGAAUGAGAGUAGUGUCCAGAGGUGGUGUAUCAGUCCAAUUCAUGGACAUCAAUUAAUCGGUCAUGUGGCACUCUCGCCUGAUGAGUCUUCGGUGCUACUGUCCAACCUUAGCGAUGGCCUGGAUCUAUAUACAGUGGGGCAAAACCACCCCCAGCAGAGCUAUAAGUUUUCACACUCUAGAAAAGCCAAUGUGCCUGUGUAG